UAUGAUUGUCUACAAAUUAAACUUUAGUAAUGUUUUUUAAAUAUGAAAUUGUCUUAUUCCUAUUGUGUUGAACUGUUUUAGAACAAUUAAGGUUUUUACCACAGUAACGCUGUUUUAUUUAAAACAAAACAUGAUUGAGUUAUCAGCUAAAUUAACAACUGGCUCAGUUUACUUAGCUGGGGAGGCUUUGGAAUGUGGUAUUACUUUUUACCACACACCUCAGCCAGAGCAUAGAAAUUCUCAAAGCCACAGUGAUAUCUUGGAAAAUUUGGCCUGGGCUUCAGCACAAAUACAUUGCUUUUACUCAACAUCAAAAAGCACUGGUGAAAAAACUUCUGUGUUUGAAAAGACUACAGCUUUAGAGGUGACAUCAUGUGAUAUUGGAGAUGUUGUUUUUCACACAAAACCUAAAAUAUUAUUUUGUGAUCUAACUAUACCUCUUGGAGAAACAAAAACAUUCUGGUAUAGGGAAUCUCUUCCCAUAGAAGCACCACCUUCAUACAGGGGCACUGCUGUUAAAUACUCCUAUAAGAUAACAAUUGCUACACAAAAGGUAGGUUCUCAUAUUAAAAUGGUACGAAUACCAUUUAGAGUCCUCCCUAUCAGUCCUAUAAUGAACAUGCAAGACUUAGCUGCAUUAUGUGGAAAUGAAACAACUGAAGAUCUUCAGCCAACUAAUCCAUUUUCAGAGGAAAGGAAGGUUGAGACACCAUUGACAAUGGCUUUGCAAGUAUUACAGAAUCUCACAGCAAGAAGAAGUCCAAACUCAUAUAUGAUAACAAAUGCAAGAGGCAAAGUAGGCAGAUUCUGCUUGUUCAAAUCAGCAUACAAACUGGGUGAAGAUAUUGUUGGCACCUUUGAUUUUUCAGUUGGUACUGUCACUUGUAUGCAAGUUUCAGUGUCUCUGCAACCUGAAGAGGUAACUAAAACGAAAACACCAAUGAAGGUAUCAAACAAAGAGAACAGCAGCAGAUCCAUGACAGUGGCCAGAUAUCAUGAAGUUACUCUAGGAAUUACACAUUCACAACUCAUUUUGCCAAUACCAUUGCACAUAACACCUGCUUUUGAGGGUGACGAAGUGUCACUGAGUUGGCGACUUCACUUUGAGUUUGUGACAAGCAAUGAGAGGUUACAGCCAGGUCCAGAUGACAAGGAUUGGAAUGCCCCUCUCAGUGUUCCCAUAGAAACUAUGGUGUGGAACUUACCUGUCAAGAUAUACUCUACAUUACCCAAACAGAUUAGCCAACAGACACUGGGAAAUGAUGCAUAUACUUUGUACAUAAAAUAGUAAAUAUCAUUGUAAAAUUGUGAAAAUUACUUUUAAAUU